CGUAGUGCGCCCCCCUCCCUUUCUGCCUCCUCUGCCGCCAUGGCGCCCGUGAAAAAGCUUGUGGCGAAGGGGGGCAAAAAAAAGAAGCAGGUUUUGAAGUUCACCCUUGAUUGCACCCACCCUGUAGAAGAUGGGAUCAUGGACGCUGCUAAUUUCGAGCAGUUCCUCCAGGAGAGAAUCAAGGUGAACGGCAAAGCUGGGAAUCUCGGCGGAGGGGUUGUGACCAUCGAACGUAGCAAGAGCAAGAUCACUGUCACCUCCGAGGUGCCUUUCUCCAAAAGGUAUUUGAAAUAUCUCACCAAAAAAUAUUUGAAGAAGAACAAUCUCCGAGACUGGUUGCGUGUUGUCGCCAACAGCAAAGAGAGCUAUGAGCUGCGUUACUUCCAGAUUAACCAGGAUGAAGAGGAGGAGGAAGAUGAGGAUUAAGACGCAUUGGUCUGGAAUGUUUUGUAUUAAUUCAUAAAUAAAAUUUAGGAACAAAACCUGUGGUUUAUCAUUGUAUCUCUACAGUGUGGGUUGGACAGGAAAUUGGAGGUGACAGGCCUGGGCUGUAGCUGGUUGCUGCUUGUUUGUAUAUAGACAAUUAUCCAUUAGUAAUGCCCGAGUGCAGCGGGGCCAGCCUGUUGCAUCUGACCCUGCACACGGCAGCCGACUGAGGCUUAAAGGCCUGGCGCCUGUCUCAGCAGUGUGAGAAUACAGUGUGGUGCUCCUUGCUAAAAGCAAGCCGGUGAUGUCUGUGGAGCUUUCCUGGGAAAAUGACAGCCCAUAAAACAGCUUCCCAAGCUGUUCACCGUUGGGAGCCCUAACCUUUUUCCUUCUUGUAGAAAUAAGAGGUGGUUUUAGUGUUGCUGCUGCUUAUUCUGCCCUUUAUAGAAGGAUUUGUAAAUACGCUGGGCGUCCAUGCCUUUAGGGUGCUCUCUCCAUAGGAUAGGUGUGAGUCAGGUCAGCAAGGGCUAGUAGUGAGACUUAAAAUAUAUAUAAAGCCACAGCUUGUCUAAAUCUAUGUAACAAGCUGUUUUUCUAGCUUCCAGCAGAGGGUGCUGAAGACAGCUUCCAGAUGUUCCCUGUAGGGGAGCCCUUCGAUGCCUAGGACUCAGCAGGCUUGCAGGGAGGGAAUGUAAGUGCUGGAGGUCUUUGCUGUAAAGAAGAGGUUGCCCAGGAAAUGCUGUCACUGAAGGUCACAACUGGAUUUAGUGAUAAAAGUCUUAGCCUGGGGCUAUAGCCUGGUGGUGGAGCUCUUGCCUAACAAGCUCAAGUCCCUAGGUUCAAUUUCUUUGACAGCAAACUGUCCAAGCAGUGUGCACAGCAGACACUGGGACAGAGGAAGGCCUUGUCAAGGGUCACUUUGGAGAAGUUCCUUAGGGUAAUUCUCUGAAGGCAGAAUUGUGUAGGAGCAUCUUAACCGCCCUGCUUUCUAAUAACUGAUGUGUCUAAAGGUCUUGAUUACGGCCGCUGGCUACAGUUGAGGCCUGUGUUCUGUCUAUCAGCUGGACGUGAGAUGUCGGCCCUGCUCCACCUCCAAGGAAACAUGUUUCUGGGGUUGAGUUUGACAUAUUGAGGCUUUGCAAUCUCACUUGUAGCAAAAGUUCCAGCAUUUUCUAUUCUAUGCAAAUUUCUUAAAGCAGACUGUCUUGGUUUUCUUCUGUUCUUGUAGGAGGUAGCAUUUUCUUUAGACCUAAAUGUACAGCCCCUCAUUGUUAGAAUUCUUAGAUUUGUGACUUGGAUUUGCAGAUCUUUGUUGUGUUGAUGUUCCCAUGUGGUUAUUUCUAGUUUGGCUGUAAAAAAAAAAAAAAUUAACCCUGGGUUGAUUAGCACAUGCCUCUAGAAAAUGGUCCCAGAAUAACUGUAAUAAAAUGGAAACUCUGCGUUUUCUGCCCCUUUCUAAGCUCCUGUAUUUGAAUGUUCACGUUUUGUAUUAAAGUGGCUAAACGUGGCUACUGGC